UGCGCCACUGAUCUCUAUUACAUCAUAGAUAUAUACAACACAUUACAUGUGUUGUAUAUAUUAAUGAGUACAUCUAGGCCAUUGUCGCAUUGCGCAAGUGGCCGAAGUGCGUGAUUCACGCCGGUGCAUGUGAGGGCCGCCAUAUUGGAUGGUGAAUCAAAUUUUGUGAAACAGCAUGUCUAGGCCUACAGAACAAUCUGUGACAGAGACGAAAGCUGGGGCAGCAGAGUCUACUGAGACCAAAGCUGUAGUCAGCACGAAAGAGGUGGAAAUCUCCCCAGAACUCUUAAUCAAACAUCCACUGCAGAAUUCUUGGACGCUCUGGUUCUAUAAAAAUGACCAAGACAAGCAAUGGGAGGAAAAUCAGAGAGAAAUAUCGACAUUUGACACAGUUGAGGAUUUCUGGGCGCUGUACAACCACAUAGAGGCCGCAAGUAGACUACAGUCAGGAUGCGAUUACUCCCUGUUCAAAACUGGAAUCAAACCGAUGUGGGAGGACACGAAAAACAAGAGCGGUGGCCGAUGGACGAUCAACCUCAAUCGACUGCAGUGCAUUAACGACCUGGAUAGUUACUGGUUAGAGACGUUGCUGUGCCUCGUGGGAGAGGCGUUCGACGAGCAAAGCGACGACAUCUGCGGCACAGUCGUGCAGAUCCGCACGAAGGGCGACAAACUCGCCGUCUGGACGGGAGACCUCCGCAACAAUGACGGCAUCCUAAAAAUCGGCAUGAAAUACAAGGAGCGAUUGGGUCUGCCAAACAAGGUGUGCGUGAUGGGCUACCAGGCGCACGCCGACUCGAUGGUGAUAUGCGGAUCUAUGCCGGCGCAGAACCGGUUCACUGUAUAACGGUUGCCACCGCUCUAGCUUUCUACAGACACUAAUCAACGUUUACCAUCUUUUCGCCACCCCCGCGUUUAAAUUUCUGGUCGGUCGCCGGCGGCGCCGCGGGGUCUUCUCUCUGUCGUGUGGGUUUUCCGUCUUCAGUCAUCGUGAGCAACAGUGUAACAGUGGCGAGCGGCGGCUGCGGCGUCGGAAACAAAGUUACUCUCAACGUCGUCCUCACGGUUGACCUCUUCCUCGUAGACCUCUUCCUCGUAGACCUCUAUGCCCCGUAUACUGCGUACGAGAAACACACUGUACUGCGUCGCUGUCGACAGUCUACGAGAAAAGUUUUUUUUUUAUAAUUUAGAGGUUUAAUGAUAAGAUAAACGUUAAGACUAAUUCUGCGUCCGACGA